AUGGAUACACUCCCUGCCCAAGCCUCUGCCUCAAAAACAAAAAGCUCAGAACUGGGGCUCUCAGCCGCGCUGGAUAUGGGAGUGAAAAUUAUUCUUCCCCACACAGAGAAGAUGGCGCUGAAGACAUUAUUGGUCAUGAUUGUUCUUGGAAUGAGCAACUGGUCCUGUGCAGGUUUCCCGGUGUACGACUACAACCUGGCCUCCCUGCGGCAAGCCCUGGCCGCCUCGGUGGCAGAAGUGAGCGCUCGGUCCCUGAGCCCGUAUCUGUUACGGGCAUUCGGAAGCUCCAUCAAAAGAGUCAAUGUUCUGGAUGAGAACAACUCGAGCAUGGAUAUAGAAUUCAGCGUUCGGGAGACCACAUGCAGGAGGGAUUCUGGCGCAGACCCCACCACCUGUGACUUCCAAAGUGGCUACUACGUGCCAACAGCCUCUUGCAGAAGCACCGUGUGGAUGUCUGCCGAGCAGGUGCAGGACGUGUGGGUUCUUUGCCGCUGGUCCUCCAGCUCCGAGUCGGACAGCAGCGAAGAGAUGGUUUUCAGGGGUAUAAUGGGAUCCUCUAAAUGGAGAAGCGGUUAUCCACUUGAUCUCGUUCCUGACAAACCCAGACGUGAACAGUUUUAUGAACGGUCGCAUGAGAUCAUGAGAAGGGUUCCCCCUGGAGAUAGAAGGUACCCGAACCAGUGGCACAGAGCGAGAGUAAAUACUGGCUUUGAGUAG